AUGGUCCAUUUAGUCUUGGAACGACCGCGGGAGUCUGUUCUGCCGGUGCUCAUUCAACAUUGUGUUAGCUCUUCACGGGAUGAGAAGAAGACGAAGAAGGAAUUCAGGAAAAGCAGCUUUUGGAGCAUUGCCUUUCCCAUCUAUUACGUACUACUCAGCUUCACCUGCAAUGUGCUCUUCCUGGUGGGCUCCUUCCUGUUCUUGCCCAUCAAAAGCCAGGAGGCCAGUGUGAGCUUUACCUUCGUUGUGGAGAACAUCGAUGUAGACCAGGUGAUGACCUCCAACAGCACUCUUUUCCAGCAGCUGGAGACCAGCUUCACCGGUGCUUUAGCCUCUGACCGGCGGAACCGCAUCAAGCCGCACCACACGCACUUCCAGUGGCGGAAGACCACCUCCUGCAGCCUGGACCAAGCGAUGCUUUUCGAUGUGAACAUCUAUCCACGGGAUGGGCACAACAUCACCGCCUUGCAAAUGUCCAUGCCCAGCGUGGCCUCUCUCUCGACGGCGCUGAACCAGUCCUUUUCUGCCAACACCAUCGACGAGCUGGCGACGGGGGAGCCUCAGGUGAAUAUCGUCACCCGGCCGCGGCUGAUGAAGACGGCGGUGGUGCAGAAGUGGGCUGUGGACUUCGGGUGCACGCUCUUCAUCAUCGGCUCCGCGCUACUGGCAGCGAUCAGCGCAUUGGAUUUGUUGGAGGAUAUGCUCACCUGCGGACUGAAGCUGCCAAGUCCCAAGACUUUGACGCAAGGCUAUGAAUUCGUCGGCAGCGAGCCGGAGGUGUCCUCUUCUGAAAGCCACGUUUUCGUCAGCGCGCGCUUGGAGCGGCUCAUGUACCUGAGUGGGGGCUUGAUCUUUUUGGUUGGGACCUUCUACUUCCAACAUCCGCAGAUGGUCAGUUCAAGGGUGCCAUCCGAAGUGAUGCAUGACGAAGACGUGUUGUUUAUGGCUAUUUGGAUGUUCAUCAUUGGUUCCAUUGUCUUCGUUUUCGCCACCUUCCUGAAUGCCUUGUCGCUGAAUGCGAGCGGCAAGACCUUCAUCCACUGGGCCGUGGCCACCUGUGGGAUCUACGAACUGGGCGGGAUCUUGUUCGUCAUGGGCUCGGUGUGCUUCAUGCCCAACCAAGGUUGCAAGGAAGGCAUGGAAAUCCUGGGUGCCUGGUGCUUCAUUGUUGGUGCCGCCUGCUAUAUGCUUGGGGACUUCAUCGAGUUUAUGAAGACCUGCGCCUUGAUCUUCGUGCGGCUCAAGCAGGAGGAGGCCGCCCGCUGCAUCGAGCGGGCAAUGCUUUGCCACCUCUUCCGCAAGCGCUUGGACAGCGUCGGCAAACUGAAGCCCUUCCAGCGCCGGGUGCUCCACGGCCGCCGCGCCUCCUCGCCUCUGCCGGCGCCCCAUGCACACUCGGCACCAUCCAGGCCAAGACGGGAGAGCUUGAAGGAGGUUGGAAUGGUGCGGGCCUUCACUGCAGCCUUGGGGCAGCAACCAAUCAUCCAAGCCCUUCAAUUGAGGGAUAUUCCGAACCUGGAAUGUGUCGGAGAGAUGGAGCGGCGCAGUCGCAGCCACAAAGAAUUGUUGCCACACCCAUCGCCAUACUCUCAACCGUGA